GCUGGAGACUCUAGUGAAAUUAACCUGCCCCAUGUCACCAAGUCCUGAUGCAACACCUGCUUCAACUCCCCCCAAGCCUGCUCAGCAUCCCUGGAAGCUUCCUUUCCCACAGAGGCCCUGGAGCCUGCAUCGCCAUAAACGACAAGCGAAUCUGCCCACUUCCAUCUACGAUCCUAGAAGUCCAUAUUAUCCCUAUUUGUAUUACUAUUUAAUGUAUAUGAGACAAACCCCUACCAGUGCUCCUCCUACAACUACUGCUAAGCCUGAUGUGACUACCAAGCAACCUCAAAUUAAGCCUCCUGCAUAUCCUUACAAUCCAUACUACCUGUAUUACCCUUAUUACAUUAACUACCCCUAUUACCCUUUUCCAAAUCUCCCAGUCAGGACCACUGUGCCCCCAGCCACUACCACUGGACCUGGCACUAUGAUGCCCACAGCCUCAACUACCAAGAAGCCUCAAACACCUUCAUUCCCCUAUUACCCUCCAUAUUUUUACCACCCCUACUACCCUCCAAUGGGACAACAGUUCCCAGGAAACGGCUCUGAAAUUUACUACUACCCAAUCAUCCAGCAUUUCUACGGAAAGCCUCCAUACCCAUCAAAUCCAAAGCAAACAACUACUCGGCCUCCAACCCCAACAACUAAGCCUGGUGACUCCAGCCCUACGAAAGCGCCCACAACUGCCUCAGCUCCCACAACUGCUUCUGCUCCAACUACACAAACUACACCAUGUGCCCAUAAAACGACGACAACCAGCAGUAGCAAAUAUCCAGGCCCAAUGAGUCCAUAUGUUCCUUACAACCAGCUCGCCUUCAUUCCAUAUGUUGAAUACAAAUACAAUAAGGCUGGCAAACUCCCAGAGUACCAAAAAUACAUGCCUCAAGCUGGUUACAAAUCUGGACCACAGGCACGAGCAUAUCCAGGCUUUGACCACUGGCAACCUGUGCCAUGGUUUUCCCACAAAGGACAAGACUUCCCUCUAUUUGAAAAUCAACAACCUAAAGAAGUCUGAACUACAAAUGGGGCUGGUGUCCUGUAAUGCAGAGCAUUCAAUAAAACAUGUUUUACUUAGAA